AUGAGCAACCAGACCUUUGCUACAGGCGACCUCAGAACCCAAUUGGACGAGAUUCAAGAAGUCCUUGACAGGGUCAACCCCAAGCAGGAAAACAUGACGACAGAGGAGCGACAGAUUGUUCAAAACGCACAAAUGAUGAAGGACCUGGCUGAGGAUGUGAUAGCUACAAAACUUGCGUCGGUAUCACAACAACACAGGAAGGACUCCAUUCAGGAUCAUCGGCCAAACGCACCCGCAUCUUUGACCCUCUCAUUACCAUCCUUGUCUGGUCACCCCUUCGACCCAACAGAGGCUCCACCACCAACAGCAGCAACACCUCCCCCAGCCAACGCCUUCCCGAAGGGCCAUCUUCGCCACAAAUCCUCGACCGCUUCAAUGGCUUCCUCCUCUGCGGACAGAUCAUAUACCCCCGAGGGCGACGACCGUCUCUCUCGUCCCUCAUCUUCCUCUUCCGUCCGCCGUCAACAAAAGAAAAAGUCUCGCCAAUCUCUCCGUCAACUCGAACCUUUGAAUGACGGAGAACAGGGCACCAGCAAGGUCGAGGAAGAAAAUAAUGCUGCGUUCGAUCGAAUCUGUUCUCUUCUCACUCAUCUGAUUACAGAUGCUUCAACCGCUGUGAGCACUGCUCCGGGAGGCUCUCAACAGCCCUCCAAUAUACCCAUCCCGCAGUUCUUGCCCCUCGUCACAUCCGAUUCUGAAUCAUCCACCCACAGCGGCGCCAGCGAUGAUGAUGACGAGGAUGAGCCUGAUCAGGAUACAGUAGCAGUCAAAGCAGCAGACAGCGGCAAUAACGAUACCCAACCUCAGGACGAGUUCAUCAAGCGUCUACAGGGUCCUGAGGGUGUGCCACCCCAGGAGGAGCUCGAGUUGGAAAUCGAAGACCCCAAGCCCAGUAUUCGCUACAGGAAGAGCCUUCGAUCCCGUUACGACCAACCCACCAAGCGCCUCUCCAGCCUCUUUAUGGAGCUCUCCAACACUCAAAAGACGGGCGACAACUUGCAGGAUGAGCUCUUAUCUCCAAAGAUCUCGUCCGAAACCAAGAACCUGGACAGUGAGCUCGCCGCCAAGGAGAAGCCUGUCAGGAAGCCUAGACACUCGGUUUCGUCUCUCUCCAUCUCCUCGACUCGCUCUUCUCGACCCAGCAGUGUUUACGUCUCCACCAACGCUCGACAUGCUGAUUCAGCGGAUGUUCAAUUAAAUUUUGAUGGCCAGCCCUUGUCUCCAAAGUCGGCACCCAGACACCGCGCCAGCACAUCCUCCCUGCGCUCCAGUAGAUCAUCCUCGCAAUCCGAUUCUUUGCCCAACGAUUUGGAAGUUCAACAGGUCCUCCAAGGAGUCAACUCGGAGCUGGACCGGACUGUCGAGACCAUCGACGGCCUGACGCGGGAUUUGGUCGCUGUGGCAACUCAUCAAAACUGGAUGCAGAUGAAGUUGCAAAAGACACUGCAGUUUCAGAAGCAGCAGGUGGAAAGGAUCGAUGUUGCUCUCUCCAACUCGACCUCUCAUCGCACUUUGCCUGCAGCCCAAUCUCGGGAGUUGAACCAGCGCCAUCACCAGACGACGACGUUGAGCAGUGAUCCUAUGGGGCAGCAUCACCCCCUGGCGGACCUUUCCAGAAGUCUCAAGCAAGUUGCUGUCAGUGUUGGCAAGGUCUUGGCCAACAGCACCCCUUCGACCGCACCUCGUAACCGCCUUGUCGAGAGUCUUCAUGGACCUUCAGAGUCAGAGGACAGCACAACCACUGUUCGCGGAGGUCGAUCAACACCCACCCCUGCCAACCGUAAGGAGUUUACGCGGUACUUCCAAGAGCUGGAAAAAGUCGCAGCGAUCGGAGGAAAGAUGGGGUUUGACAAGACGGAUGUCGACGGCUUUGAUACUCGGGAGUUGUUGGGUGAGUCGUUGGAUCACCGUCAGGAAAAUCAUUACUCCUCGGACUCUCACCAUUACGACAGCGACCAACAGCGGGAAUCUACGAGCUCCGGCAGAGGACAAGAACAGAAUUCGGCUUACCAUUCUCGCAGAGGCAGUGGCGCUUCUGCAGCAGGACCACCCGAGCUGGAGGACUUUGCGGCUCAGUGUCGUCUGUUGACGCGUGCUCUGGUUCUUCCCUUUGUCCAGUUGACACACCAUGCGAUGACUAGCCAGGAUUCGGCUUUGUCGCUGACGCCCCGUUCUAGCCGCUUUACCGAUCAGUCCUCCGCCUAUGACAAUGCGACCUUGGACAUUAUUGAGGACCUGGAGGUCAGCUCAGGAAUCAAUCACUCCAAGCACCCGUCCACGACGUCAUCUACCGGCACGCGUCGCUCAUCUUUGAACAGUGCCAGUCAUCAUGCCUCCACACCACGCGAAAAGAAGCCAUUCUCCCCUCUUUCGUCGCCGCUUCUCCCAGCUGCUUGGACUUCUUCCUUAUCGGUCAGCGGACGCGAUUUGGAUGCGAUCUUCAAGGGCCAAGGCGAGCUUUCGACCGACGCGAUCGUCAAGGCCAGAUCUGUCAUCUCGACUGGGCUCUAUUUGAUUCAUCUCCUCUACUGGACAGCCCUCUUUGUCAUUGGCACGAUUGUUCUGGAUCCUUGGCUGGCAGAAACGGCUGGACAGCAGGUUGUUCGGAUUGUGGAGCAGGUUCGGAAUGCCGUUGCCAAGGAUGGUAUUAUCGGACAAGGAAUCCAUCGUGCCAUUGAUCAGGGCCACCAACAGCUUCGUCAUCGACAUUCGUUUGAGCAGCAACAGCGCGAUGCAGCGAGUGGGGCCAUCACGGAUUCGGACUUGAUUGACGAUCACCUUUCCUUGGAUCAGGAUCUCCGCCGCUCGACCUUCUCUUUGCGUCAGCAAAGCAGCAACCACUGGAACGCAGUCGACGAUGACAAUGUUGCCGCCGCACCUGAUUCUACUCGUCUGCAGGAUCUGGAGGAUCGUGCCAUUGAGGUCGCAGUUGGAUUUGAAUCGCUCAAGCAGCGCCUCGGAUCCAGCCCUGGAUCUACCAGCAGCACCCGAUCGAGUUUCCGACCCAUCAGCGGACUUUGGAGCCGGCCCAACAGUUUCCAGUCCACCGCCUCGGCUCUGACUGAGGCGACUAUGGGCGGUAGGACCCUAUCGCCCGACUCGCCCCUUGGGCGCAGCAACAGCCAGAACAAGGAGCGACCUCUGUCCCAGGUCUCUGCAGCUUCUUCGUCGACGACGGAGGGUAGUGUUUUGAGGACCAUCUCCUGGGCUGGUCCCAGACGCCGCCGCGCCACUCGCGACGGUAACAGUGGUACCCAGGCACGUGUCCGUCGGUACUCGAACAAUUCUCGUGGAGUGAACGUGCCUCUCAAGGCCGGCGCCGCAGGAGGAGAGUUUGCUGUGCCGACUGUGACACUCCGUCAGGGUCUCAACGUCCGUCGGGACCGUCCUCAGACUCACUGGGGUACAUUUGAGUCGUCAUCGUCUGUCUUUUCCUCGGACAACACUAGUUUCGGAUUGGGCCAUAGCCGUGGACCUUUCCGCGAGGCGUCGUGUUCGAUCUCGUCCACGGCUUCUUCGUCCACUACCCUGUCAGAGUUCAUUCUGCCACCUUACAACAUGACAGCUGGAGGUACAGACGUGGGCAAGGUCAACUUGGCGGCCAAGGCGUACAAUUGGGUACAGACCGGAGCUGCUACUGCGGUGGAAGGAGUUGAAGGCGCCGUUCAUUCCCAGAGCCGCCGUAGGUCCAUGUAG